AUGCAAAACCCUUCAACGGUAACAACCCAGGAAUCUGCACCGCUCUUCGAUUUCGUCACCCGCUUCAGCAGAUUAGCGUUUAGCCACGGAUCGAAUUCGGAUGGUUUUUUUCAAUCCACCUCUGAUUCCUUGCGUUUCAAUGGCUUACCCGCCCAAACCUCCAUGAGCUUAAACACUAAAAGCGAUCCCGGAGCGAAUCUACGUAGAUUUAUCACUGAUUUCAACAGCUUUAUUAGGUUUCACUCCGAUCGGGUUGUUCCGUACAGCUUCGCCUCCGUCGGAAUCGGUUCUUCGAGCGACGAAAACGGAUUCAGGGGAGACGGCUCCGGUGGGGUUUUUAAUGAUGAAGGCUUGCUUUUAAAUGGGUUUGAAUCGGAUCGUCCCAAGAAAGUAUUGAUUUUGAUGAGUGAUACUGGUGGUGGUCACAGAGCUUCAGCAGAAGCCAUAAGAGCUGCAUUCAACUCGGAAUUUGGGGAUGAAUACCAGGUAUCUAUUACAGAUUUAUGGACAGAUCACACGCCUUGGCCAUUCAACCAGUUGCCGAGGAGCUAUAACUUUCUGGUCAAACAUGGAACCCUGUGGAAAAUGACUUAUUAUGGCACGGCUCCACGUCUUAUUCACCAAUCUAAUUUAGCUGCAACUUCGACGUUUAUUGCCAGGGAAAUUGAGAAAGGAUUGAUGAAAUACCAGCCGGACAUUAUUAUCAGUGUUCAUCCAUUGAUGCAACAUGUACCACUUCGCGUUCUAAAAUCAAAGGGCUUACUUAAGAAAAUUGUCUUCACUACAGUUGUUACAGACUUGAGCACUUGCCAUCCCACGUGGUUUCAUAAGCUUGUGACAAGAUGUUAUUGCCCAUCCACAGAACUUGCGAAAAGGGCACUUAAAGCCGGUCUUCAAAAUUCACAAAUCAGAGUUUAUGGCCUUCCUGUUCGACCUUCCUUUGUAAAAGCCGUGCGCCCAAAGGUUGAACUACGAAGGGAACUAGGGAUGGAUGAGAAUCUUCCAGCUGUAUUGUUAAUGGGCGGAGGAGAAGGGAUGGGUCCAAUUGAGGCCACUGCACGAGCAUUAGGCGAUGCUUUGUAUGAUGAGAAUCUUGCGGAGCCAGUAGGUCAGAUUCUUGUAAUUUGUGGGCGGAACAAGAAACUUGCCACCAAAUUAAGUUCCUUAAAUUGGAGAAUCCCGGUCCAGGUAAAAGGGUUUGUAACCAAAAUGGAGGAAUGUAUGGGUGCCUGUGAUUGCAUCAUAACAAAGGCUGGCCCAGGAACUAUAGCUGAAGCUAUGAUAAGAGGGCUACCGAUAAUCUUAAACGAUUAUAUCGCUGGUCAAGAGGCGGGAAAUGUACCGUAUGUUGUGGAGAACGGGUGCGGGAAGUUCUCUAAAUCACCAAAAGAGAUAURGAAGAUUGUAGCGGAUUGGUUUGGACCUGAGUCAAAAGAGUUGGAGAUAAUGUCACAGAAUGCGUUGAGGUUAGCGAGACCAGAUGCUGUGUUCAAGAUCGUGCAUGAUCUUCACGAGCUUGUCCGACAGAGAAACGGUCUUCUUCCUCAGCUCUCUUGCGCACCUUAA